CAACUCAGGUGUACAACGCAGCAGCCAAGUCAACCCGGAGACACCGCUACACCGCCAUGCCCACGAGAGCAAUUCUUGAUCCGGGUCGGGUUAACCAAAUCAGGUGUAAUCCAAACCCAUCGCCAUACGUCAAAUUAAGGCCUCCUCAAUGCCUCUCGCCGCAAUUUUCCCUCCAUUUCCUAGCAUCAAAUCAUCUUGGUCGCUUGAUUAUCAGGAAAAAUGUCCGCCCCCUGGCUGUUAAAGCAGUUCUGGAUUCGGUAAGGACAGACGUAACCGGGUCGGGUCUUCGAAACCCGUCCAUUUCAACAUCGUACCGGAAUCCCAAUUUUCCGAUACCCAAUCAGACGCUUCUGGAAGCUCAGACGAGGGUCUGCACUGGGCCUACUCAAACUCGGCCACUUAAUCAAGAACAAGCUUUUAAGGUUCUGGAGACAAUACUUAAAUCAGCAAAAGGAGAACUCAAAGAUGAAGAGCAAGUGUCGAGAGCACAACUUGGAGCUUUUUUUGCUGCAAUGACAAUUCGUGCUAAUGCUUUCCCUGAACCUACCCAAUGGAGCGAAGGAGAAAGGUGCGCAAUGAAUCAUUAUUGGCCACAGUUAGUGCGAGCACUACCUCCAGAUAUAAUUUUUAUUGCUGAUCCUGAAGGAUCAAUAAUGGGAGCUGGAAAUUCUAUUGGACCCCGAUUUGGAGGCAGCAUUCCUUCUGAAAUGAGAUUAGUCGGUGCCCUUAGGGAAGUUUUAGCUGGCGGACAUCUUGGGUAUGAAGAGGUUCAGGGUGUUUUAAAAGAUGUUCUUCCACUAAAAUUAGAUGGUUCGGCAUCACAUAGUGUUAGUGAGUCAUUGCUUUCAGCCUUCUUAAUAGGUCAACGAAUGAACCGGGAAACAGAUCGUGAGCUGAAAGCCUACUGCCUUGCUUUUGAUGAUGAACUUGGUCAACCACCAAUUGCUGACGUUAAAUCACUGACACAUUAUGGUGAACCAUAUGAUGGAAAUACACGCUUCUUCAGGAGCACUUUGUUUGUAGCUGCUGUUAGAUCCUGUUAUGGUGAAUCUUGCUUGCUGCAUGGUGUGGACUGGAUGCCCCCAAAGGCUGGGAUCACUGAGGAACAAAUGCUGCAGUUCAUGGGAGCAAACACUCAUUUAUCUCCAUUGCAAGCUAAAAUGCUUCUUGAGGAUGGGGAGGUUGGCUUUGGUUAUGUCAGUCAACGGGAUACUCACCCCUCACUACAUUCAUUGGUAGGAUUACGGGAACAUAUAAAGAAACGGCCGCCACUGGCAACAUCUGAAAAGAUUCAGCAAAUUGUUAGGGCUAGGGGAAGAGAAGCAAUUGUUGCCGGAUUUUAUCAUGAUGGCUAUGAGGAGCCACUACUAAUGCUUAUGAGAAGAAGAGGUGUCCAAUCUGGUUUGGUGGUUAAGGGUGAGGAAGGGGCUCUUUCAAUGACAACAAAAUCAAGAUCAAUUCAUGCAUCAAAGGGGUUACCUGUCAAUUACUGUUCAGGCUUUCGCUCUUUGAAUGUGGUAUCUGCUGGUGCACUGGAUGGUGUGUCUCGUGAAACUUUUACCAUGGAGGUGAACGCCAGGGACCUUGGAUUUGAGCCUAGUGAUACUCCAAGGACUGAUAGAUCGGUCUCGAGGAACCUGGAGUUGGGGUUAGCAGCUCUGGGUGGUGAGAAAGGUCCCGCAUAUGAUCGAAUUGUCCUCAAUGCUGGAAUGAUCGAUCACUUGCUUGGUUGCGAUGGUGCAGAAGAUAUAUCCAGAGCUUUGGAUAGAGCUAGAGAGGCUAUCGACAGUGGCAAGGCCCUAAGUAGGCUCCUGAAUUACAUCAAGGUAUCCAACAAAGUGAAGUAGGAGAGCCACCAAGGGUCACCUUCUUUCUUUUCCACUUUUUGUUACAUGGAUAAUUAGAAAAAGAUGAGCUAGAAUUUGUUGUUGCGGCUUUUUCUGUAGAGUACAGUCGUUUUCCUCUCUGGGGUGUACAUGAGUUUCAAAAAUUUUGGUGGCAACUUCUAAGAACAAAUACUCAACAUCUAAAAAGACGUCCAUUGUCCAGAUAUCCAUGGAGAUUCAUACUAUUCUUUGUUUGGUGCUCUAAA